GGAAAAUCCAAAAUGGGGGCAAAAAGGAAACAGUUUCUAAAUGCCCAGAGAACACAACACGGAGCCAUGCAAAGUUGCCGUUUCCAGCAAACCUCUCUGGUUAUUUGAGGUAAAACGCUUUGCAGUCUCGCAAAUCGCAACAACCCCUUCGUCUUCUCAGUAAAAGGGGUCUUACUUACUUAGUGUCUUCGUUCGUAUCUUCAACCCUGAAUUCGCUUCUCCUCCCAAAGCACCACCACCACCUCUAAUUAAUUCCUCGUUCAGUUGGGCAUGUUUGCGCAUUUCUGAGAGAGCGAGAAAAUAAAGCCAAUGGGUCGAGGGAAAAUCGAGAUCAAAAGAAUCGACAAUGCUAGCAGCAGACAAGUCACGUUCUCGAAGCGGAGAACAGGGUUGUUCAAGAAGGCUCAGGAACUUUCCAUUCUCUGUGACGCCGAGGUUGCUGUCAUAGUUUUCUCCAACACUGGCAAGCUCUUCGAGUUUUCCAGUUCCGGUAUGAAGCGAACACUUUCAAGAUACAACAAAUGCCUUGGUUCUACAGAUGCUGCUGUAGCAGAAAUUAUGACACAGAAGGAAGAUUCUAAGAUGGUGGAGAUUCUAAGAGAGGAAAUUGAAAAGCUAGAAACAAAGCAAUUACAGUUGGUGGGUAAGGAUCUGACAGGAUUGGGUUUAAAGGAAUUGCAAAAUUUAGAGCAGCAACUUAAUGAGGGGUUAUUGUCUGUCAAGGCGAGAAAGGAGGAAUUACUCAUGGAGCAACUAGAGCAAUCUAGAGUUCAGGAACAGCGGGUUAUGUUGGAGAAUGAAACUUUGCGAAGACAGAUUGAGGAGCUUCGGUGUCUGUUUCCACAAUCAGAAAGCAUGGUCCCAUUCCAAUACCAACAUACUGAAAGAAAGAAUACUUUUGUAAAUACUGGCGCCAGAUGUCUCAACUUGGCUAAUAACUGUGGAAAUGAGAAAGGGAGUUCAGAUACAGCAUUUCAUUUGGGGUUGCCUGCUGGUGUUCAAGAGGAAGGCCCCCAAGAAAGAAACCUUUUCAAAUGACUCAGCCUAGUUCUCUGAUUUUCUUAUUUCAACAGGGAAAAUAGAAUUUCAGACUAAUUUAUUGCAUUUGUAGUUAUGUACAAUAUAGAUUAGGGAGAAAAGGUAUGACCAAAAGUGAUUCUCAAGUUAUAAAUUGGAAUUUGGCUCUUUUAGAAUAUUGACAAGAUGCACAUUGACCAUUUUUACCAAAUUCUGGCCUAAUUAACUGUGAAAGGUCUUAUGAAGACAAUGUUUAGGUUUUUUUUUACUGCUCCA